CCUUCGCAUCAGUAUGGACCGUGGUGUUGGGAAUAAGACGGUCAUUCCUGGCCUCUGCCGUGUCCACUCCUGGAAUCAGCAGGUCCGUAUGUCCUCAGACUGCUAGCCGUGGUGAACGGCCGUGGAGCAGUUUCAGUGUACUCACUGACGAGAGAUACCAGUGGCAGAGUGUGUCGUGUCCUCUCAAGUGUUCAGUGGGUGUGUCCGAGACAGAGCUCCACCUCUGACAUUGUACUGGAUGCUGCCCAGAGCUCAGCCGGACAACUGGUGGGAGUGGGGAGAGGGGGAGAUGUGAGAUGGUGGAGAGUGAGGGAGGAGGAGGAGGGGGAGGGAGGGGGUGAAGGUGGAGAGCCUCUAAAUGUGGAGGUCUUGGCUGUGCUGAAGAAGGCAGAGUUCAGCAGUCACCUUGGAAGAUUUGGAUAUGAAAUUGUGGUCUAA